AUGUAUGCACGAGGACGAAACAACAUCAGCAUACAAUCACAAUACAGUGAAGAUGAACAUGAUGAAUCGACAAGUUCAGGCUUUACGUUAGUUAUGUUAAUUGUACACAAUCUCGAUCAUAUGAUGCAACCACAUGAAUGGGAAACACUAUUAACACGCGAAAUACAUGGCGCUAGAAUUCUGGGUGUAUCCGUUAUUCGUGAGCAAUCAUGUUCACGUCCAUGGGGUGAAGGAGAAUUGACAGCAUAUAUAUUUACUCGACAUGAUGCUCCACUUAUUCGACAAUAUUUACAUAAUAGACGGCUCGGUUUCCGACGUUUACAUGUAGAUGCUGUUGCUAGCGAAGGCGGAAUUGAAGUGUUUCUCGUUCAUAAAAUUCUGCAACUACUAAAACUAAACCCACAAAUGUCGGACAUCGCUAUUGAACAACGUAUCAGCAGUUUCUUUCGACGUAUUCCAGCUUCUGUACGUCCUCGUGACUAUGAUCGUGUUUCUGCUAUGCGUUUGAUAAACGAAUGUAUGGGUUUGCCAGCUUCGCCACCUGUUACAAGCGAAGACAGUGAAGCGGACGGAGAUUCACCCCCACCACAUAUAUCCACUACCUCUGUCCCGCCUGCACCCGCAAUAUCAAUACCACCACAAUCGACAUUACCUCCGCAACAAUCACAACCGCCACAGCACCAACCCCAGCCUCCAGUACAGCAACCUAGUGCAAUCCCAAUUUCGAUACAACCACAACCAGAGCAACAAUCCGCCUUCAAUCCUCAAUUGAUAACAAUCGAUGAACGUACAUUACAACUACAUUUUACUCCACUUUAUUUUGAGCUUCUAGAUGCUAUGGCGAAUAUAAAAAACAACAAUGAAUACCUACAAUUAACAAAUCCUGGACUAUUCUAA